CAAUAUCAAACAAUCUUCACAUGAAUCUGUCUGUCAAAAAGAUUCAUGUAAUAAUAAUUUUCAACAAUUUAAUUGUGGGUAAAUCAGGUAUAUAAUAAUUUAAAUAUAUAUAAUUUGGAUAUAAAUAUUAUAUUUAUUAAGUUAAAGACUGUAAAUGUCGAGAGAUACAUUCAAUUAUACAUGGAAUAUCUUCGGAAGAAAUCGAUCCUGUAGUGGAAUCAUACAAUAAUGAUCUACUGAAAGAUAAAAAUUUGAUAGAGCAGACGCUAUGUCAAUGUCACGCUCGUAAGAUGUAAUACAAAUACUUCCAUUCUAUGUAACAAUUAUUAAUUGACUAUUUUUUUUAUUUUCUAGCAGAGCUUAUACUUUACCUGUGAAGUACAAGAAUGGUAAAAAUUUCAGUAUUUUAAAUUAUUUACACUAUCAUUAAAUUAUUAUUUUUAUUAUUAUUAUUAUUAUUUUUUGGUUUUUGUUUCAUAUUUAAAAAUUUUAUAAAUUUUUAGUUUGCUAUAAUUUUAAUUAUGAAAAUCCAAAUAGAUUACUGAUUUUCUUUUUAUAACUUUUAUAACUUAUUAUAAUUUUACUUUAAAGAUCUUUCAGAUGUACGAAGACCAUUUUGGUGCCCUUUUAAAUGGAAGUGGCCAAAAAGAGAAAUAGAAAGAAAAAAUAAAACAUACGAAGUGAAAUUAACACCAAAAAAAUGUCCUCAUUACACGGAGGUAGACUGCAAUAUAUAUAUUAUAUACACAUUAAUAAAAUAAUAUUGUUUUAUUUUUCCUUGUAUUAUUAAGUACGAACAUUAAAUAUAAAAGAUGUACAAACAAUUAUUAUACUUGAUGCAUAGUUAACAAUGAACUUCGUUUAGCCCAUUAUGUGCUGUGAAAUAAUGGAAGGGAUACCACAUAAAAAAAAAGAUACUGUUCCUGAACUAGAGAAAGUAAAAACUCAUGAAGAGAAAAAAAAAAAAGAAGUAGUAACAGAGAAAAUUGACAUCUAUUACUUUGAUCAUGGGAACUCUGCAUAUUAUCGAACAACGGAUUCACCGCCCGUAUUAAUAACCGAAAAAUGUGCCGAGAAAACCGAUCAAGCAGCGAUUCGUUUUUGGGCCGAAAUAUUUGGGACUAUUCAUAUCGGCACUGCUUUCAUCACAGCAUUUAUUUUACAAUUAAUUCGAUUUAUACUUUAUAGUAUAAUCAGACCACUGACAGUGGGCAUUUUGCAAUUGUUUGCGGACUAUUUUAUAAAACCCCUAUUGUCAAUUGUGUUCAAUGCCCUCAUACAGCCUGUAUUGAUAUUGUUAUACAAUAUCGCAACAUCUUUCAAGGAUCUUUGUGAACCUAUCGCAGAAGCGAUAGGAUUGUUCUUACGAGAAAUCGCUCACGUGUGUGCGGCAAUUCGAAUCGUCGAAGUGAAACAGGGUACCGCUCCCUCGGUUGCUUGCACUUGAUGAUUGAAUAGAAGAAGAGAGCAAUUCUGAAUGACGAAUAUGAAAUAUACUUUGUUUUAAGGGAAUAAGGUACAAAACUCAUAAUAUUUUGCGAUUCGUAAGAAAAUAGCACCAUGUAAGUGUUGACUUAAGUUACUUCAAAAUAACUGUUUCCAAGUUAUUUUAACUUCACACUCCUAUCUUGUACUAUAUCUGUUUUAUUGUUUAAGGUUCAAAAGAUGAAAGAAAAAACGAUUUAUUACAUCUACUAAUGAUUGAUUCUAUCUUGAUUUUGAGUUAUGAAAAAAAUUGAAGUAAAAACUGAAUUAUGAUUAAAUAGAGUGAAUCAGUUUUAACCCUUUAAGGUCUAAGUAUGUUAACUAAGUACAGGCCUUUAAUAGAUAUCGUUACUUAGAACAUCCACCACGAGGCCAUUUUUUUAUAACAUAUUUAUUUCUCUGAAUAUAUACGAUAUUCAAAAUACUAAGUCUCAAAGGGUUAACAAAGAACUAAAUUCUUCUAUUCGAUAUACUUAUAAAAAGAACUUAAUACAAAGUGUGCGUAUGAAAAGUAUCUUUCUUUUACUAAAUCACAAAUUUUAUCCGUUGUUCUUCUGUAGAUGAUGAUAAAUUAUCUCGAUCAUCAAUUUGAAAAGGCAUUGUCCCAGGAUAGAAUGAUGUGAACUGAAGAAAAAUUUGAAAAUAGCUGUCUGUAAUAGCUGUUCAAGUUUUAACGAAUAUAACACAUGCCUUAACACCAGGUAUAUAUUUGGUAUUAUUUAAACUUUACAAUAUUAUUAUCAGUUUCAUUCAUUUUGUUAUUUUUUGUUUUUUUUUUUCUUUUUUCUUUUUGUUUUUACAGAACAAAUUAUCCUCUUAUAGCAACUAACUUCGUCAAUAAUAAUCAAUAAUCAUCCUUCAUCUCUUUCGUAUAUCUUACUGUUUAAUAAAUUAUGUACAAUCUCACAAACAACAAACGGAGGAACCUAAUUACAUCAUGUAGUUGUUCACACUUCGCUAUGUACAGGUACUACUAGUUUUUACAGAAUUGCGCUUUCGCUCCACCUGCGUAUGUAGUCGUUAAUGCUUAAACUCUUGUCGUUCGCAUAUUCUAUUUAAAAAACAAAACAGAAAAGAGAAAGAAAAAAGAGAAGAAAAAUAGAGAGAAAAAGAAAGAAAAAGAGAAAGAGAAAGAGA